AUGCUGUCUUUUUUCAUUAGAGUUUUCUACAACAUUUUAUAUUAUUUCAUUACUUCUACGGCUUUUGCAUACUCAGUUAUUGCAUUUCUCUGUUACUUUGUGUAUCAGUCCCAAACAAACAAAACAACAGAUACUCCUAAUGAUGUUGAAUCCCUUAUAAAUUACAUCAAUAAUUUCAGCAUUGACCAGUGCAAACCUCAUGGCAACCAUGGCUAUAAGCGAGUGCUCCUGCAGCUGUUUGGUUACAGCGGACAUGGCAAGUCGUCCUUUAUCAACACCUGUAAGUACGUCCUGCAUGGGGGAAAGUAUCACGUUUAUGCCGAUGCUGCUAGUUCAGAUGGAGGGAGCACCAAGUGCAGAAUAUCGUACCCACUCACAAGAAAUAUCACCAUGGUUGAUAACAGAGGGUGUCCAGUGAUGAGCAAUCAAGAGACGGGGGAAAUCUAUGCUCAGCUUGGUAAUUUGCUGCCAUUGGACAAAGAGGUAAAGUGGCACACUAAUACAACAGACACAAUUUGCCGGCUGUUGGAUGAAGAAAGUGAAAACGACUCUGAUUUUGUGAUUCCUAUUUUUGUAUACAGUGCCAAACGUAAGCCUGUCGAAACAGAAAUAGCUUUAGUAGAAACAUUGCUGGAAAAUGCCAAGAAGCUAACAGGAAUCAUUCCCUUUGUUGUUCUCACACAUCAAUCUCAUACAAAUCGGAAGGCAGUUGAAAAAUGUUUUGAAAACAUGGGAAGAAGUAAAAUGUUUAAGGUGGAAAACUACACAGCAGAAGAUCACUCAAAAAUCAGAGAAACAGAUGAGGCUGUCCUAAAGUUUCUGUAUGAAACACUGAAGGAUGCCAAAUACCAACUGACAAAGGAAAGGGACCCCAAGAAGGAAAAAUCUGAGCGCAAAAAAUUUGUCUAUACAUUUCUGUUAACCAGUGGUAUUGAAGAGGAAAAGGCAAAUAAUGUCUAUAAAUUGCUGUUAACCAGAGGUAUUAAAGAGGAGAAGAAAGAAAUAGAUACGGACAACAACGAACCUCCAAAAUCAGGAUGUUAUGUGAUGUGAUGUUUUAUUGUCACUUUACACCAUUGUUUCUCAACCUGUGAUACUUGUAGCCUGUGGGCACCUGGAGCUUAGGUAAAGGGUACUCAGUGACUUGCUAGUUUAUUAUUUUAUGCCUCUCUUUUUUCAGCAUAAUAAUAUUCACAUGUUGUAGUAGGUGGUACUCAGGGCAGCAUUGUGUGCUUUUAGAAUCACUUGCAACAAAAAAAGGUUAAGAAACACUGGUUUACAUAAUACAGAUUUAUUUUUUUCAUACUUGCUAAAGAGCAGCAUCCUUUUUUAGUAUUAACAACUUCCGAUGAUAUCACUGUGCAAAUUAUCCUGUAAUGCCUACCAAACUGCCUGCACAAAGAUGACAAAUACAAAGGGAUGAUUAAAAAAAUGUAAAUUAAAAAAGGGAGAGGAACGGUUUUAACGGUAUGAAACAAAUGGAAAAAAAUAACCAAAAACUUGUGAUUUUAAUAUGAGCAAUAAGUUCUUCCUGCCUAACUAAUGUGUGUGCGUGUUUGUAUUUAUGUACAGUAUAUAUGUAGGUAUGUGUAUAUGUGUGUGUGUAUGUAUAUGUCUGUGUAUGUGUGUGUUUGUGUAUAUGUGUAGUGAUAUGUGUGUGUGUGUGUAUGUGUGUGUGCGUAUAUGUGUGUGUAUGUAUAUGUCUGUGUAUGUGUGUGUUUGUGUAUAUGUGUAGUGGUAUGUGUGUGUGUGUGUAUGUUUGUAUGUAUGUGUAUAUGUGUGUGUGUAUGUAUAUGUCUGUGUAUGUGUGUGUUUGUGUAUAUGUGUAGUGAUAUGUGUGUGUGUGUGUAUGUGUGUGUGCGUAUAUGUGUGUGUAUGUAUAUGUCUGUGUAUGUGUGUGUUUGUGUAUAUGUGUAGUGGUAUGUGUGUGUGUGUGUAUGUUUGUAUGUAUGUGUAUAUGUGUGUGUGUAUGUAUAUGUCUGUGUAUGUGUGUGUUUGUGUAUAUGUGUAGUGGUAUGUGUGUGUAUGUUUGUAUGUAUGUAUGUAUGUGUAUAUGUGUGUGUGUAUGUAUAAGUCUGUGUAUGUGUGUGUUUGUGU